UUGUACAUAGGUUCUUAUCAGAGCCACUUUAGUAGCUUUAAGCUUGACAAGGAUCCUAUUCCUUAGUAAGCACCAACAAUGAUAUUUAAGUGGAAGGAAUCACAUUUUUUUUCUGAAUAAUAAUCAUUGAAAUAAUUAGUUUUUAUUAUAUUCAUAAUUGUCACCAUUUUAGACGACUCCAACAGCAGUCAGCAACAAGAUAUUCUGCCCUAUAUAAGUAGAACCAAGAAAGUUGCAUACCUCCAACAAUUUCUGCUAUCUUGAGUGGUUUAGUAUACAUAAUCCUGUGUGUCUUGGUGCUUGAUGAACCAUAUGGAGCAAACAAAGAGACAGAAAUCACUAGAUAUUGAUGAAGAGAAAUGGGUUUAUGAUUCUUCUGUUGAUCACAAAGGAAGAGUUUCUGUCCGAGCUUCCACCGGUGCAUGGAAGGCCUCCCUUUUUAUUAUUGCAAUUGAAUUCAGUGAGAGGUUGAGUUAUUUUGGACUAGCAACAAGUUUAAUCAUAUACCUUACCAAGGUGAUCCAUCAAGACCUAAAAAUUGCGGUUAAAAGCGUCAACUAUUGGAGUGGGGUAACAACUAUGAUGCCACUGCUUGGAGGAUUUCUAGCUGAUGCUUACCUUGGCCAAUUCUCUACUGUUCUUGCCUCAUCCAUUGUUUAUCUCCUGGGCUUGCUUCUUUUAACAAUGUCAAGAUUAGUCCCAGGCUUGAAACCUUGUGAUUCUGGGUUGUGCCAUGAACCCUAUAAGGUUCAUGAAGUUGUGUUCUUUAUUGCAGUCUACUUGAUUUCAAUAGCAACUGGAGGGCAUAAACCCUCUCUGGAGAGCUUUGGAGCGAAUCAAUUUGAUGAUGAUCAUCCCGAAGAAAGAAAGAAGAAAAUGUCAUUUUUCAAUUGGUGGAAUUCUGGGCUAUGUUGUGGCCUAUUACUUGGUGUAACUGUGAUUGUCUACAUUCAAGACCAGGUUAGCUGGGCUGCAGCAGAUAUCACUCUUUCAGCUGUCAUGGCUUCAACUAUAGCGAUUUUCUGUAUGGGACGGCCAUUUUAUCGUUAUAGAUAUUUUUUUAUGUGCCUAAGUCGUGUACUGUUUGUAGCCAUGCCUUCUACUUGA